UUCACAGACAUCCAGGAUUUACCUUUGGCUGUCCACUAGAAGUGGCCACUUGGCUUCUGAAGCGUCUUUGACCACACGCCUGUUUGUCCUACAGCAGCCCCAUUUCAGGAAAAGGAAUAGAUUCUCAUUGCCAAAGCUCUGGAGUACUCUUGAUUUUCUCCGCAAACCUAAUCCUUGGAGCAGUCCCGCAGCGCCAUCUUCUGGUACAGCUCUUCACCUCCACUCCUCGAGAGACAGUAGUGUCUGAUUUGCUUUUCAGACCUCGUGUAGGCCUCCUGAGAGAUCUUUGCGGGCAUCGCCAAGAAUAAUGGCCUCACGGAGACACCCAAGGCCAAUGUUCUCCCAAGCACUGCAGGUGUUCGUUUGGCAUUUGGAGCAUCUGAGACGCAGCAGCCUGGGCGGUACUCGCCAGGGGAAGAGGCGGCGCGCGUUGGGUUCUGUCCUGCCCCGGCGAGCGGUCACGUGGGGCGCUACCCGGAGGCGGAACUACUACGACCGGGACCUAAAGGCUUGCAGAUCGGGAGCUCCAGGUUACCUAGUCAUGCGCUCCCUGCGUCCCACCUCCGCUACGCUGGCAUUUCUAGCUGCGUUCUUGGCUGCGCCCUUGGCUGUGGCUGAGACCCCAUACCUGGUGCGUGUGGACGCAGCCCGCCCGCUGAGGCCUCUGUUGCCCUUUUGGAGGAGCACCGGCUUCUGCCCCCCACUGCCUCACGACCAGGCUGACCAGUACGACCUUAGUUGGGACCAGCACCUGAACCUUGCCUACAUAGGUGCCGUACCUCACAGUGGCAUCGAGCAGGUCCGGAUACAUUGGCUGCUGGAUCUCAUCACAGCCAGGAAGUCAUCUGGGCAGGGACUGAUAUACAACUUCACCCACUUGGAUGCAUUUUUGGACCUCCUCAUGGAGAACCAGCUCCUCCCUGGAUUUGAGCUGAUGGGCAGUCCUUCUGGGCAUUUCACAGACUUUGAGGACAAGCAGCAGGUGUUCGAAUGGAGGGACUUGGUUUAUCGAUUGGCCAGAAGAUAUAUCGGUAGGUAUGGGCUGACACAUGUUUCCAAGUGGAACUUCGAGACUUGGAAUGAGCCAGACCACCAUGACUUUGACAAUGUGUCCAUGACUACACAAGGCUUCCUGAAUUACUAUGAUGCCUGCUCUGAGGGGCUGCGCAUUGCCAGCCCCAUGUUGAGGAUGGGUGGCCCUGGGGAUUCAUUCCACCCCCUGCCAAGGUCACCACUGUGCUGGAGCCUUCUGCGUCACUGUGCCAAUGGAACCAACUUCUUCACUGGUGAGGUGGGCGUGCGUCUGGAUUAUAUCUCCCUGCACAAGAAGGAGGUGGCAGUUGUGGAGCAGAUCCAGCAGCUCUUCCCCAAGUUCAAGGACACCCCUAUUUACAAUGAUGAGGCAGACCCUUUAGUGGGCUGGUCACUGCCACAACCUUGGAGAGCCGAUGUGAUUUAUGCAGCCUUGGUGGUGAAGGUCAUUGCACAGCACCAGAACCUGCUGUUUGCCAAUAGCAGUUCCUCCAUUCGCUAUGUGCUCCUGAGCAACGACAAUGCCUUCCUGAGCUACCACCCACACCCUUUCUCCCAGCGUACACUUACUGCCCGCUUCCAGGUCAACAAUACUUGCCCACCCCAUGUGCAGCUUCUGAGAAAGCCAAUCCUUACAGUCAUGGGGCUGAUGGCCCUGCUGGAUGGAGAACAACUCUGGGCGGAAGUGUCACAGGCUGGGGCUGUGUUGGACAGCAAUCACACAGUGGGUGUCCUGGCCAGCACCCAUCGCCCUGAAGUCUCCUCAGAGGCCUGGCGUACCACAGUCCUGAUCUACGCUAGUGAUGACACCCAUGAACACCUCAACCACAGUAUCCCUGUGACGCUUCACCUUCAUGGGGUACCCCCUGGCUUGGGGCUUGUCUACGUAGUACGCUACCUAGACAAUCAACUGUGCAGCCCCUACAGUGAGUGGCAGCACAUGGGCCAGCCAGUCUUCCCCUCUGCAGAGCAAUUCCGACAUAUGCGCAUGGUGGAGGACCCAGUGGUUGAGGCACCACGUCCCUUCCCUGCUGGAGGCAGCCUGACUCUACACCGGAAGCUUUCUUUGCCAUCACUUCUGCUGGUGCAUGUCUGCACACGCCCCUUGAAGCCACCAGGGCAGGUUAGCCGGCUGCGUGCACUGCCCCUGACACGUGGGCAGUUGGUUCUGGUCUGGUCAGAUGAGCAUGUGGGCUCCAAGUGCCUGUGGACAUAUGAGAUCCAGUUCUCCCAGAAGGGUGAAGUGUAUACUCCAAUCAGCAGGAGGCCAUCUACUUUUAACCUCUUUGUGUUCAGCCCAGAUACAGCUGUGGUCUCUGGUUCCUAUCGAGUACGAGCAUUGGACUACUGGGCCCGGGCAGGCCCCUUCUCAGACCCUGUAACUUACGUGGAUCUCCGUGCCUCAUAAGAGCCACUGGCUCCUAGUGACUGGUGAGCCUGUGCUGACUAGUGAAUGGGGUCAGCCAGGUUGAGCUAGACUGCCAUUAGCUGGUUAAUUGACUAUCAGCUCCUUUUGUUGUUCCCCCAUUUCCUUUGAAAGUAUCUUUCUCUACCUCAGUCUUGGGGUCUGCCUUUGUGGAGGAACACUACAGAGGGCCCAGCUGGAGUAACCUUUGCCUGCCUUUCUCCUUCUUCCCAGCUGUUUAAAGUUUAAAUCUGGAGCUGGGAGGACACUCAGUGGGUAAAGCGCUUGCUGUGCAGGCAUGAGGACCAGAGUGCAGACAUCUAUUCAGAGUUUACAGAUUACUCAUGUGAAGGCAGGGCAUGGCGAUGUAUGCCUGUAACCUAGUGUUGGUGGGAAGGACAGACACAGGCCAGGCUCACUGGCCAUCCAGUCUACUUGGAACUGCAAGCUCCAGGUUCAAUAAGAAAUCCUGUUUCAGAAAAAUCAAGUAGAGAACUAUAGAGAAGAUACUCAAUAUUGACCUUUGGUACACACACACACACACACACACACACACACACACCCCUCACAUACACAAAUACACACCCACCCCCCAAACACACCACAGAUCACACUGUGCACACACAGUCUAAAUUCUGUCCCUUUUCUGAGACUCGAGACAAACUCUUAGCUUGAGAUUCUGUAAUAUCAAAAAGAAAGUUAUGUACUUCUGAAAUACAAUUGCACAGGGUAAACAUCUCCAUUUCAACAGGAAAAUAAAUGACAAGGAAGGAUUUAAUUGAAGCAAGACCAAACAUUAAAUCCUCCAGAUACAUUCCCAGAAUUGGGACACAUGUUAUUGUGAUAUGAACUCUAAUGUGCUAGACAGUUCUAUCUUUGUGGUAUUGCCAUUUACAGCCCCUGUGACUUUCUCCCAGGCUGGUGUCUUAGGUUUUCCAUUGCUGUGAUUAAACAUGAUGAACAUAAGCAACUUGGGUAGGAAAAAGUUUAUUUCACUUACAUUUCCACAUUACAGUCUAUUAUCGAAGGAAGCCAGGGCAGGAACUGAUGUAGAAGUCAUUGAGAAGGGCUGCUUACUGGCUUGUUCUCCACGGCUUGCUCAGACUAUGUUCUUAUACACUCCAGGACCACCAGCCAAAGGGUGGCACCUCUCACAGUGGCCUGGGCCCUCUCACAUCAAUCACUAAUUAAGAAAAUGCAACACAGACUUAUUGCUCAUAAGUCAAUCUUGUUAGGGUGUUUUCUCAGCGAGGUUCCCACUUCCCAAAUGACUGUAGCUUGUGACAAAUUGACAUAAAACUAUUCCAGCCUUGCCACAUAUUACCUGGCCUCCCAAGUCUUCCUUUGAAAUCUGACUGGAAGCCUACAUAACCCUGUAACUGUAAUUCUUGUAUUCUGUCUUCUAAGCCAGCAUGCUGUGGAUCAUACAAAGGUCUAUUAUCAGCUUGAAUGGUAGUUGAGGACCCUUGAGCCAUCCAUGACUGCAGUAAACUUGGAGUGCCUUGUUGCUUAGCCCCAUGCACUUGGGCAGAACAUUAUGACAAUAGUAACUUGUAGAGGGGAAGGCUGUUCACCUCAUGGGGAACAGGAAGCAAUAUAAGGAUAAAAUUAAGUGUAACCGUCAAAAACACUUCUUCACGGACCUGCUUUGUCCAACUAGGCCUUUGUGGAGAAGUUU